AUGUCUAGUAAAAUUGUUAACCAUUUGAUAACAAGAGGAUUUUGUUCGUCGAAAAUGGCAAACUCAUUGGGAGAAAUUGUGGAAAAAUUAAACAGUUUUGCAGCCGUAAAAACAGCUGAAAGUUGGGAUAAUGUUGGUCUGCUCAUUGAGCCGGCUACACCUACGCCCAUCCAGAAGAUUAUCUUGACGAAUGAUCUAACGGAGAAAGUUCUACAUGAAGCUGUUGAAAAGAAAUCAAAUCUGAUUAUAUCGUAUCAUCCGCCAAUUUUCAGCGGACUGAAAAGCAUUACACAAAAGUCAUGGAAAACUCGAUUGGUGUCAGUCUGUCUUGAGAAUCGUAUUGCUUUGUACUCGCCACACACAUCAUGGGACAAUAAUCGUGGAGCGAUUGGAGAUUGGCUUGCGCGUGCUUUGCCACAUAAAGAAUCGCAGAUUAUUCUGCCAUCAGCUGAAAAUAGUAACAUCGGCACCGGACGUGUUGCUCAGAUUGAGUCAUCAGCACCAAUUACAUUGGCUGACGCAAUUGAACGUGUGAAAAAACACACUGGAAUCAAAACGGUUCAAGUUGCGAUUGGAGCUAACAAAACCUUGGAUUCUGUUGUCGAAUCGUUCGCUGUCUGCCCAGGGUCUGGGAGCAGCGUUUUGAAAGGCGUUCCAGUCGAUUUGUACAUUUCAGGUGAAAUGUCACAUCAUGACGUGCUCGAAGCAGUUCACAACAAUGUCAGCGUGAUUCUAUGCAACCAUAGCAACUCGGAACGUGGCUAUUUGAUCGAAUUCAAGGGAAAUGAAUACAAUGGCAUUCGAGACGUUUGCAUAUUCUUAGUACGCUUAUAUGUGAAAACCUGGUUUCAAGCUCCAUCAGCAACGAAGGCUCCUCGAAUUGACCUCGAAUUCAUCAAAGGUGGUAUUGACUAUGCUAGUAUUGACAAAACAAUUUCUGAUUUAAUUGUGUCCAAAAUGAGCGGCCAUCUUUGCUACUUGUCCAACGAAACAGUUGGAAUGGCGUUCUUUGAUGAAGAAAUACCAAUAGAUGAAAAGAGACGAAUGCUGUACGCAUUGAGCAAGGAGCAGAAAUCUGAAAAAUUGUUGAAAGCAACAGAAGCAGAUAUAAAAUCAACAUUUAACAGCAAGCAAAUUAAUGAUUUCGUUUCAUUCAAUACAAGAGAGGUUUUCAAACGUUUUGACGCACCAACUGACUUUCUUUCGCUUGAUCCUGAGGAAUGGAAUGACGAUGCAAGCUACAAAAAAGCAAAAGAAAUAUUCGAGCACGUUCACGUUGUAAACGAUUCAGCUGAAAGGGCUGUUAAAUUGUUCAGUCACUAUAAUUCGAUUCUAAGCAAAGAUGACAAUGAUAAACAGUUCAUAAUAAAUGUUGUUCAAGAGUAUAACACAAUGUAUCCAUCCAUCAACAAGGCUGAUUUGGGUUAG